AUGCAGAAGUCGCUCGCAGCGCUCGUCGUCGCGCUCCCCCUCGUCCUCUGGCAGCUCCUCAAGCCCAAAUCGCUGCCUCUGCCGCCGGGGCCGCCAAAGCGCUUCCUCACCGGAAAUUUGCACCAGUUGCCGACGGUCAAGCAGUGGCUGGUGUAUGCGGAGUGGUCGAAGCGCUAUGGGCCCAUCAUGACACUGCAAAUACUGAACCGCGUCACCAUCCUCAUUACCUCCGCCAAAGUCGCACUGGACCUGCUUGAUGCGCGCGCUUCCAUCUACUCCGGUCGGCCGUGGACGUGGAUGCUGCAUGGCCUCGCGGGGAACGGCUCCUCCAUGUUCUCCCUGUCGUCCCAGGACCCGCGGUUUCCUCGCUAUCGCAGGAUGCUGGUGGCGGGGAUGAAUAAGCGGGCAGUCAGGCGAUAUCAGCCGGUGCUGGAGGCAGCGCUGAAGGAGUUUCUGAAGACUAUUGCCGUGCGACCGGAUGACUACGAGUCGGUGUUGACGACCUACUCGGGUGGGAUUGCGCUCAAGAUUGCUUAUGGAUACGAUAUUACAGAGCCCGUCGAGGAAGACUACUUCGUGAAAUUGAUCGAAGGCGCUGAGGACACCAUUCCGUCAUUGGUCCAGCCAUUCUUCUUUGUGGAAGCGUUCCCCUUUCUUCGCUUUCUUCCGAAAUGGUUUCCGCUUGCCACUUUCCAUCGCAUCGCUGCCGCAAAGAAGAAGAUUCUUGAUGCAAUGGUGUAUGUACCGAAUGAGUGGGCAAAGAAGAAGCUAGAAACCGACCCGUCUGCCGCCUCGUUCUUCUCGGGACACUACUUUGGCAAGGAAGAUAGCGGGUCGCUCAGCAAAGCUGAGGCGGAUGAUCUGAUGUGGACAGCCGGGGCAAUUUACACUGGCGGAGCACAUACGACUGCUUCAGCCAUAGCCACCUUCCUUCUUUUGAUUUCGACGCACACGGAAGUCCAAGCACGGGCGCGAGAAGAGAUUGAUCGUGUCGUCGGACGGGGACGGCUGGUCAACUCGGAUGACCGGGCGGCAAUGCCAUAUCUUGCUGCAAUCCUCAAAGAGACGUUGCGCUGGGCGCCGCCUGCGCCUCAAGGUAUACGACACGCUGUCAUUCAAGACGAUAUCUACAAUGGCUAUUUGAUUCCCAAAGGAUCCGCUGUCAUAGCCAAUAUCUGGGCAAUCACCCACGAUGCGGAGAUGUACCCCAAGCCGUUUGAGUUUGACCCCUCCCGCUUUCUUGGGGACACGCCUCAGCGCGAUCCUGCAGAUUUCGUCUUUGGCUUUGGCCGCCGCGUCUGCCCCGGCGCCACUCUCGCUGGAGAAUCCGUGUUCCUCGCCGCCGCGAACCUGCUUGCGCUCUUCGACAUCAAGACGGCGCUGGACCCCGCGGGGAGGGGGAUUGAUCCGAUGGAGGGCCUGGAUUGGCGGACGGGGCUCAUUACGACUCCGCUGAAUUUCAGGUUCCGUUUGGUGCCCCGGUCUGCGGAUACGCUUGCCGCUAUGAUAGACGGGUAG